UCGAGGUUGUUGUUGUUGUUUUAUUUUAGAUCGCGUUACAUUAGCACCGAGCUGGGGAUCCGGGAAUGUUUGUUUGUGGGAGUUCUCACAUCGAAAACUACUCUCAACUCUCUGGCCGUGGCGGUGAACCGGACAAUUGGUCACCACAUUGACAAGGUCCUGUACUUCACCGGCUCCAGGAGCAGGAAGAUCCCACACGGAAUGUACAUUGUAACCCACGGCGAUGAGCGGCCAAUCUGGAACAUGUACCAAACAGUGAAGUACAUCUUUGAGCAUUUCAGCAGUGAGUAUGAUUGGUUCUUCCUCAUUCAGGAUGACUCCUACACUGAGAGUGAUCGCAUCAAAAGCCUAGUGAACCACCUGAGCAUCAACACUGACCUGUACAUGGGCUGUCCUCAGGAGUUUAUCGGGGGUGACACCGAUGGCCAUUACUGUCAUGGUGGCUUCGGGUUCUUGCUGUCCCGCAGCCUCCUCAUCAAAUUACAGCCACAUCUGGAAACCUGUCGGAAUGACAUCCUGAGCUCCAGGCCUGACGAGUGGCUCGGUCGGUGCAUCAUUGAUUACGUGUCAGUGAGUUGUGUCAGUGAAUAUGAGGAUGAAAUCCGGAAUGUGAGUGGGCUGAUGGCUGAAGGGGAGAAGGUGAGCAGUUGGCCGGUGGGGAUUAACCCUCCUUUUGAGCCCCGCACGCGGUUCGAGGUCCUGCGCUGGGAUUAUUUCACUGAGGAACAGCUCUUCUCGUGCAUCGACGGCUCACCAAAGUGUGAGUUGCGUGGGAUCGACAAGAUGGACAUCAGCAACAUCAUCGAGACAGCAGUGGAGGAGCUGAACAAGAAGUAUCUGCCCACCCUGGAGCUGCGGAAGGAGCAGCUGGUGAAUGGUUAUCGGAGGUUUGACCCCACCAGGGGCAUGGAGUAUACCCUGGACCUACAGCUGCAGGUGCUCACUCAGAAAGGGCACAGUCGCUCCAUCACCAAGAGGGUGUACCUGGUCAGGCCUCUCAGUGACAUCGAGAUCAUCCCCAUGCCCUACGUGACUGAGGCCACCAGGGUCCACAUCAUCCUGCCCCUCACCGUCCAUGAGAGGGAACAGGCCAUUCGCUUCAUCGAGCUGUAUGCUGUCAAUGCGCUGGAGAGUAAUGAGAAUGCAAUCCUCACCCUCCUCUUCAUCUAUGACCCCUUUGAAGCUCAGAGGGUCAAUCAGAACGAUAUCUUCAGCAGUGUCAAAGCCAAGAUCAUGGACUGUGAGAGGAAGUACCCGGAAUCGAAGAUUCCCUGGAUUAGUGUGAAGACAGACUCACCGUGCCAACUGAAAAUCAUGGACAUCAUUUCCAAGAAGCAUCCGGUGGACACCUUGUUUUUUGUGGCCGGCAUCAACAUGGAGGUCAACUUUGAGUUCCUUAACCGCUGUCGCAUGAACUCCAUCAACCAAUGGCAAGUCUUCUUUCCCAUCCACUUCCAGGAAUAUAACCCAGAGGUGGCCUAUCACAACCAGCCCCAGCCACUGACCAUUGACCUGCUGAAGGAUUCCGGCCACUUUGACCGCGAUUUCUUCGAUGCUGCCUGUUUCUACAACUCAGAUUACAUGGCCGCACGCGGGAGAAUGGCGUCUGACGCCCUGGAGAACGAGGAGAUCCUGGAGAGCCUGGACCUGUACGAGAUGUUUGUGCAGUACUCUAACCUCCACGUCUUCCGUGCCGUGGAGCCAGGCCUGAGGCAGAAGUACAGCCAGCGGCUGUGUAACCCGCGAGUGAGCGAGGAGAUCUAUCACCACUGUGUGCAGAGUAACAUCCAGGCACUGGGCUCACGCUCCCAGCUGGCAAUGCUGCUGUUUGAGCAGGAACAAGGAAACAGCACCUGAGAGCACGAGGAGGAAGCUCUUCGUCCUUGCCACUGUCCUGGGUGCUGGGAUCUUGCACCCCCACCCCCUCCCAAUCCCUGUGUCCUCUACUCACUGAACUGGACAAACUCUUCACCUGCAAACAGACAGCACCGUCAUCACCAGCUCAAAGGGUCCCAGUCUGGAGCAUUGACAUGGCCACCUUCUCUCAGGCCUCAGUCUGCAGGAAAGCUGCCAUCCCAUAAUGACCCAGCCCAUUGCGAGCACAAACUCAAACCAACAAAGACCAGGACAGUGUUCACUUUAAUUCGCUUCACCCCAUCUCACGCCAAGACUGCUGGCUUAACAGGACACUCUCUGACCUGCUGUGACCCUGUGAUGCUGGUGGGGUGGGGGGCAAAUGUGACAGG